AUGGCUGCCAUAUCACGCGAUCAUCGGAAAGAAAGAUUCUGUAUUCUAGACCUCGAUGACUCGAACGGCUACGAAUUCAAUUCGGAAAAUAGAAAAAAUUUUGACAUGUGGAGAGACAAUACAGGGAAGAUUGGAUUUGAGGCAUCUUACUCCCACACUGGUUUGAUCAAUCUGCAUGUCAGUUCUAUUUGCCAAGGACUGGCAGCUGGACUAGAAUACUCAAAUGGAGGAAAACAUCAGUUUACCGAACUAAGGGGCAGCAAACCCCUGGGGACAAAGCAGUCAGCUUUUUGGAAUAUAACUUUUGAGCCGCUUGAAACCGACAACUUGAAAUAUUUUCCUUUCACUCACUAG